AUGGCCUCCAGCGACCUCAAGAGCGACUUAAUCCGCUCUUUGAGCUCCCGGUUGGAGAACAUUCUCCCCAACCGUUCCGGGUAUAACAUCGCCGAGGUCGAGCUCAAUGCCCAGUUUAUCUUGACCACGAACUUGUUCCUUGCCAACUCCAAGCCUUCAGCUGAGAAUGGGCAGCUGGAUUUCAUGCCUGAUAUCAUCGAGCACUUUACUGCUAUUUUAGAGAAGCUUAACAUUGAUCCUAAUACUCGUAAAGUUCGUGAUCGAGACGAGAAAUCCUUGACUUCGACGGUUGUGGUGAUGAAGUUGUUUUCCACCAUCAUCCGCUUUUCUUGGGAUAAGAACGCUUCUAUCGGCAAGAACUCCAAUAUUACAGCCAACGAGGGUGUUAAUUUCAACUUUGAUCUUGGUUACCAUAGCGAAAACUAUAUGAUAUACUCGUUCCAGCCUACUGAGCUCCUCAACACAGAUAUACACCAUACGUUGGAAGUGCUCUUUUGUCUUCUUUCCGACGAGGUCAACCGAGAAGCUCUUGGGAAUAUCCGUCGAGUACGGCCAGAUAAAUUCAAGCCCAUUGACUAUUCACUUACGAGCGAUACUUCUUUGACUCACGAUGAGAUCCGGAAUUACGUGCGAGAAAUCGAUGAAAAUAUCCUGUUAGUGCUCCGAUACUUAGCGGCUGCAAACCCUAACGAUUAUUAUUCUUUUCUCAACAGAAAGCUCUUUGCAUGGGCCGAAAGAGGUGAGUAUAUUCCUAACGCUGCGUUGCAUAAAUACUCGUGCCUGCUCAAGUUCCUUUACUACACCAAAGAUGUCGCUGAUCAGUAUGCGAGACAGGUCUACAGCAUGAUGCCAUACGUUCGCUCCAACAGCUGGAAACAAGUAUGUCUUUACUUUGACUCGCAUAACAUCAAGUAUCAGUGUCUUCAUCGGCCCAACUUCUAUGCGGAACAGGUGAUCCCAGGCCAGCCUAGUGAGCAGAAUUUCAAAACGUUAUUUGACUACGUUUCCACAGCAUUUGAAGACCAGGAGUUGGUCGGAAUAGCCCCAUCUUUGCAUUCGUGGUUUGUCAUGUUAUGUCCUUCGGAUUUUGACGAGCUCCUUCAAAAGCCCAACAAGUUGAAGCAAGCAUUCAACAAGAGACUUAAAUUCCUUACUUCGAUUCUUAAGGAUGCAAGUUCGGGUGCUAAUUUGGAAUGCUUCGAGAGUUUGAUUAAUAUUUUCUCUCUUGGCGCCAGAAUCCCCGGCCUAAAAGGCGAUGUUCGUGAGUUCAGUGUCAAGUAUAUUGAUGAAACGUUUGAAAACUUGAAAAAGAUGGGCCCCAACUGCCUUCAUGAAUCUUCAAAAGCUCAAUACCGCCAACUUUCCAUAGACCUAUACGUGGCUGCCAUCGCUAUUAACCCAGACAAGUAUAUUCCAAUACUCGUCAACUACUUCACUGCUGCGCUUCCAAAAUCCGAGGAUGGAUGCAAGGAUCUGUGUAUCUGUCCAGAGAUCGAAAUUUGCAUGUGUGUCAUCAAAGGCCUUGCUCAUGUCGAAACGUAUAGGGAACCACUUCAAACUGUCAUGGAAAGGCUACGAGACCCGCUCAAAAGUCUUUUGUUCACCACUUACCGCAAACUCAGUCUGUUUGACUCUAAUCGUCCAGAAUCAAGUUCAUCUUCAUCGCUACUAUCACAGCCAUCAGAUAAGUUACCGGAAGCGGAUAAGAGCAUGGUGAACUCAAACCCACUCUUGUCAUCCCUCAAGAAGAGCAACCUCGACUACGGUCUUGGGUCAGUACAAGACAAGAGUGCAAGCACCUACUCGGAAACAGCAGUUGACUCGGGAUCUAAUAGGUCCGUUUCCCAGACCAACUUUGAGACAGCAUACAACUCAAAAUGCAUUGGUCAGUGUGAGCGUAUUAUGUCUCAGCUUUUUGAGAUCUUUGCUGCCUCUCCUGAGGCUUACAUUGGGUAUCUAUCAGAGAAGGUGACCCGCCCUGAGGGAGGAGACCAAAAAGCAUUGCUUAAAGACUUAAUAUCUUUUGCUCACGAGAUGGCACUUCCAAUUAAACAGGCCAUUCAUUUCAAGUCUGUUAAUGGGAAUUCCGAUUUGUUCGAAUCUGCCUGUACUCUUGCAAUGACCAUGGUUCGAAGCAAAAGCCAUACAUUGAGAGAUACCGAAGUGAAGGAAUGUCUGAGUUUCCUUUUCUCCAAUCUUGUAAUUAAAGCAAUCGCAGAAGCUUGCACGGUCUUUUCGUUAACGGAUCCCAAUUUCAAGCUUUGCUUCAUUUUCUUGAACAAGUUCUUACAAGAAAGAGACAUAUCAUACAAGAAUGUGACGCAUAACAAACUCCUACAACAUGAGUGCUCACAUUCAGCAUGCCACACUGUUUGUGAAGCAGUCGAGAUCAUUCUUCUUUUAGCAUUGUGUACUCACGACGUUCAGUUUUUCGGCAUGGCAAAGCUCACGAUGAGAUGGCAUAUUCUAGAGAUUGAAAACGGUGGUCAUCCAUAUAAUUGUUUCGAUAAUCACUUGGCUCAUGUUUUCAAAAGGAUUCUUGAUGAUGACUCCGUCUUUACAGGUUUUGUUUCGCUACACAAGAAGUUUAGGAACAUUCUCAUGGAAGCUCCACCUACAAGCUCUUUAUAUCAUGUCUGGCUAUUGAUUUACCAGAGAUGGCUAGAUAUCGUGGAUAGCUCAUCGACACUCACUGAUGCUAGUCUUGUUUUCAGACAUUACACUGGUUUCCUUGUCUCAACUUCAGGUUGUUUCUUGAACAAAGAUUUUCUGGAGAAUGAUCCUAAGGAAAAAGAGAAAGCUUUGGCCCUCAUAUCUGCAUUCUUUGAUAGAGCUAUCAGCCUACUCAAACUGAACGAGUUGGUCGUUAGGGUUGUUAUCAAGGACGCCUUGUCUAAUGAAUCUCACCCUGCUGUGUUCCAUUUGGUCUGUACCAAACUUAUGAACGCUGCUAUCUACUAUGUUGACCAAGGAGUGAUUACCAGCGAGGGUGUUUUGUUUAUGGAGCAAAUGAUGGCAAUCAUCACUGCCAUGACGGCGAUCAAGAAUGAUGGUUCUUUCGUCUUGGUAUCUCUUUUGCCUGGCGUGUGUGAGUUCUUGCAUAAAUUCACUGGCAUGGUUACCAAUCCAAUUGAUCUUGUGAAGUUGAAGUUGCGUUUCUGCAAAGUAUGUUCUGCAAUCGAGAUGGACAGGGAAAGAAACGGUAUCGCUGGUGCUUACAAGCUUAGAAGCCAAUAUGCUAAGAUUUCUCUUGAGUGGCUUGAACAGGCAGUUUUCUUCGAUGGAUCUACUGAAGAGGCUGACACAGAUGAUUCUGUUUUGACCACGCCCAGCACUAAUAAUAAUCAGUCGAAGAGUUCAGAGUUGGAAUUCUUAUACAUCGAACUCGCGAGUGAAUGCUCUAAGUGUCUUGAAAUGCAGUUGCAGGACUCUCUCUUUGAGGUUCCAGAGGGCGUUAGCGAGAAGAAUUUAAAGCAAAGCAAGGAUUUAGUGUUUUCGAAUCAUUUUUCGCUUUUCUUUAAGAUCUUGCAGAAGUACACUUCUCCUAACCCAUCUCCUACUAUGAUGAGAUCGAAGUACAAGAUCCAGGGAAUCACCGAUAAUGUUCUUAAGUCUAUUUCGAAUAUUCUUCAGUCUGACACAGAGCAUGGCAUGCAUUUUGUGCUUCCUUUAGGUUAUCACCAGAACAAGAAGAUAAGAUCCAUUUUCCUUAACAUUUUUGGCGAUAUGUUAUCUACCAAAAAGCUUAAGAGCGCAAAGGAAGAGUUCCCAGAUGAGCUUGUCUUUGAGAUGGCUGAUAUCUAUGAAGUCUACGGAGCUGCUGCUGAGGUUGCAUCUCCCGCAGAGCAUAAUUUGUUGGCAACGUCUCUUCAUGGCCUUUUCGGAUACACCAAGAAGCUUGAUAAGUUGUUUGUGACCUUGUUAACUGAUGAGAUCAGCAGUGUCGCUAGAUCGACGGACAUUUUCAGAAGGAACAGUACACUCACGAGAUUAAUGUCUAUCUUUGCUAAAGAGGAUGGUUUACCAUAUUUGACCGUUGUCUUAAAGCCUGUUAUAGAAGAGAUUAUGGAAAACUCUGUUGUGUUCGAAGUCGAGAAAAGCCACGAGCUUGCUGAUGUUGACUUAUUCGUGCAAUACUUGGCCAAGAUUGUCGACAGAAUCGUCAGUUCAUCGAAAUGGUUCCCUGACUCUUUCCAAUUUAUUUGCUCAGAGAUCUACAACGCUGUUGGUGCAAAGUUUGAGGAUGCUGCACUUAUUGCAGUGGGUUCUUUCGUUUUCCUUAGGUUCUUCUGCCCUGCCAUUGUGAGCCCAGAGUCUUUCUUUGAUUUGUCAACUACGAACGUUAAAGUGAAGCGUUCCCUUAUUCAGUUGGUUAAGGUUAUUCAGUACAUGGCCAACGGAACCCUCUCUUCUCUUAAAUGGGAGGGAUUGCUUCAAAGGUCAGAAAGAUUAGGAGAACUUAACAAGAAGAUUUUCCUGUUCCUUGAGGAUAUGUCGACCACGCCAAUUCAUGGUUACCCAUUCCACAGUUUGACCGUCAAACCAUACACUGGAUUGCGCUACAUCCAUAAGUUCUUCUACACCUACUUCGUCUACAUCAAGCAUCAAUUGACUUUGGGCGAUCCCCUUGUUAAUGCUGGCAACCUUCAUGAGAGAGUGCUUUUGUGGAGAAGAUUAGAUAAAAUCAUGAAAGAAUUGGGAAGACCCAGACCAUCAAUCUCGCUUCAAGGCACCACUUCCUACAAGGCGGUUGACCCGUCGGCUAAUCUUGGUAACUCCCAGUAUGCCGAGUUCAUGGCCAAAAUGUCAGUGAGAAACAUGGAGCUUGCAAUUGACAGCCAAGUUAUCCAUAGUGCAGUUUUCCCAGAUGGUACACCCGUUGUUGUGGUGAACUUCCGUCACAUUAAGGAUAUUGGAUACGAUAUGAGCACGUUCGUUUACCUCAUAUUGGAAGCCGCCAGUCAAGUCUGGGAGAACAAGUUCUACAUUGUCAAUGACUUUACCCAGUUCUUCUAUAUGGGUAUUAUUGGCAAGAACUACGUUAGUUUGAUGAGAAACUAUGCACCUUCUAUUUUCUUUAAGAAUUGUGCAAAGAUCUACUACUUCAACUUGCCUCGUUACAAGCAUGUUAGCAUCAUUGAAGAUAUGGUUGCCUUAAGAGUUAACGUGAAUCCGCUGGCUAAAGCAUACUUCUAUUCACAGACAGAUAAAUCAGACAUUGUGAAUAGCCUAUGCUUGAGCGAGUCCACAACGUCCAUUGAUAAGGAUGUUCGUGUUAUCUUCAAUGACUGCAAGGUUUAUGAAAGUGCAACUCAACAGUUUGUGCCUGCUACACUCAAGCUUGGACGUAAAUGGAUGCAGAUUUGUUUUGAUAGAACCGAAUUCAAGCCGCUGUUUGCCCAGACAGAAUCGAUCACGCCAGUUGAGGUUCAUCAGCUUGCGGACAUUACUCGUUGUGAGAUCUCGAAUAACUUUGACAGCCCUAAUGAGUUCACAAUGUCGCUAAACAGGUAUAACUAUGAAGUAAUCAUAUCUUCAACCCAGCGACUGGCAAUUUUGCGUUUCCUUUACUUUGCCAUGCUUAGAACUUCAAGAGAGAUAUCUGGACAAAAGAAGGACGAGGAUGAUUUGAGAGAGCUGCACUGGUUUGGUAAGCUUUACAAUAUUGUCUUCCAUGCCUUGCUUGAAAGAGAUACCGAGGUUAGAUCUUCAGCUUCGUAUCUCUUCUCGUCCAUGUCUGCCUACUAUGAUGUCGAUUUUGGCGUUUCUCCAUCCCAUGCUUCAAGCAUCGCUUUCCCAACUGACACUACAGACUUUGUCGUUAGUGUUUCUACCUACCUUGCGAAGCACAGACCUGAGAAUACUUACCGUUUCAUCAAGGCUUUCUUCAACAACUUUGAAAGGUUACCAGAAGAACACCAUGUUAGUGCUAUAAUGUAUAUCUCUCCUUGGAUAGAUAAUGUGGGCAGCCAGAUUUUCAUGGAGUUGGAGAACGGUGCAGAGAGAGUUGCUGAGAUUGCAAGACAGUUCUGCCGUAUCACUUCACAGACAAUGAACAUGCUUCCGUUUCUCAACAACUAUGUCUGGAAGAAGCUCUUUGCUGACCUUCGCUUGACGUCUGUUCUUUUGGAUGAAAUCAUUGCUUUUGCUAUUGACAACAAGUCUGAUGAAUCUGAAUGGGAGCUGAUUAUCUCUGUUUUGAGCCCAAGUGUCGAGCUUUGUGGUGAGUUGAUGUCAAGGCUUGUUUCAUGCAUUCACAAGACCAAGAGUGACGAUUCUGAUAUCGCUUCCCAAAGUAAGCUUCUUGAGAUUACCGUUCUUAUCAAGAUAUGUGCAGCCAUGUUCUUCAAUUCCUACGUUUUUGGCUCGCUUUACUUGCUGCAUGUGUUCUUCUUCUGUUCCUUGUUUAUUGACAGUCCUAAGCUUGAGUUUGGUCCAGAUUUGCAGAAGCUCACAAUCAAUACAGUUCAGUCUUUCGUCCACAAACCGGAUCUCUCAGAAAAGCAAAGGGAGUUAAUCGAAGGAUCUAUUGAAUACUUCACCAGUCAGCGAGCCAGAAUGCUCUUUGGUUUCAGUUCUGGUGACAGAAGCAAAGGAUCUGAUGCUACUCAUUUGUUUAACAGAGCAACUGCUUUUGAUCUUUUGUGUGACCAAUUGAAGAGCUUCAUGCUUCUGGUUGGUACUUCAGAUGACCGUAUCAGAUGGACUGCUCGUUGGUCUUCGCUUGCGAUGGAGAUGGCGUUCAGCGCAGGAUCUCUUUUCCAACGUCGUGCUAUAACGUUGGUGGGAACUCUUGCCAGAUCAGGUAUCAGUGAUUCUGCUGGUGGCCGUAUGAUGAAGAUGCUCGUUGACAACAAGUACCAUGAACCUAACACUUAUGUCCAUUCAGGUAUUUGCUACGCCAGAUUGGAGGAAGGUUUGGCGCCAGACUCGAAAUACUUGCCGAUUCUCAUUUGGACCAUUGUCUGUCACAGUUUACUGAGCUUCCCGCCCAUGCUUACCAAGAUGGAGCACAGAGAGGAUUUCAUGACGCCUAUCAUGGAUACCAGGUACUUGCUUGAGCCACUCCUUACCGAGUUCGAAGGUGAAGUGGACCAUAAAAUCAACGAGAAGAACUUCCAGCUCCACAUUAUGAUAUUCAUUUGUCUUGGACUUACUACUUCCCAGUUCAGACACACUUCUGUGCAUUGCUUGAAGAAUUUGUUGAUACAUAAGCUUCUGCUGACAGACGGACUCGCCAAGAAGGCUUACAAGAACGAGUAUCUUUUGAUUGCCUUUUUGUCUAUGUCUGACUCUGCCUACAACGAUUUCUUGAAGGAGAAUUUUGCAGAGGAAGAGGAGCUUCAGUGUGUGAGCAAGCAUUCACUUCCCAAGGCGGUUAUUGACCAUAUGGAGAACAUCAGUGGAGAAACCAAGAUUGCACUUAUUUUGGCUGCUUAUAUCUUUGACAGCGACAGCGAUUCGAACUUCAAGUUGAAGUUUAUUCGCUUGUACAAUCACCUUUUCGCUACUCUGCGUGAUUUCGCUUUGGUUAUCUUCCACCUUGUGAAACGAGGACUCGAAAGCAACAUGGUCAGCAGCACUUCAAUUGACCUUAUCACGUCCAUCUCCAACAUCAUGGUGGAUGUCAUUCAGGAUAAGGAGUACGCCGAGUCAAAGUCUGAAGCAGAGUUGAAUAACAUCUUGGAGGAGUACGACUUCCAGAGAGUCAGAAAGGUUAAGGAAUUCAAGAACCAAGUAUCCGAUAACGUCUGUGACAUGAAGAGCAUGAAGAUGGUACAACAACUUAUGCAUAGAAGCAUCAGCAGUGUUGUUGAAGGCGAACGCCUUGAAAAGUCAUAA